AUGAUUAACCUGGUUAGAAAACAAGAACCGUCCCCAGCACAGCCGGGAAUUCGGGGCGGGGCGGGCGGGGGAGGCCCGAGGGAAAGGACGAACCGGAGGUUGGGGCGCGGUGCGGCGGGGGAGGCGUCGGGGGAGGCGUCGGGGGGCCGGGGCGCCCGGGCCAGGCUGCACCCCAAGCUGCUGACACUGCCCACCCGCAGGCUGCUCGGGGCGGCCUCCUCCUCGUUCCCUCCCAACUGCCAGGCUGCGGAGGAGACCCGGCCCGGAGACUCCGGCCUGCGCGUGGCCCCGCGACCCGGCGCAGGACCCCCAGCGCCCCCCCCCCAGCCCGACGCCCCCGGGCCGCGAGCAGCAGGGCCCACUUGGCCGGCCGCGCCCGAAGCCCUGCCCCGCAGCCCGACCCCCACGACCCCAGGGCGGCCAGGGCAGGGCCGACCUCCGCCCCGACCGACCGACCUCGGCGCUGCUCUGCCCCACCGACCUCGGGGAGCCUCGGGGUCCGCCUUCGGGGCCGCGUCGAGGCCUCGCGGCGCGGACUCGAGCUCCCGGGGCCCCCCGCAGGCGCUUCUGCGGGCGCGCACGUGUCCCACGGGCGCCGACGCGCGUGUCAAGCGCCGCAGGCCGCCCCGGACGCCCGAAGCAGGGUGCCCCGGGCCUCAGGCCCUCACUCGGGGGCGGCUCCAAGGCACAGCGGCUGCCCUCGAGGAGCAAGGGGCCAGGAUCCCGGAGCCACGCGGCACAGGAGCAAGAAACACGGGUCCUCCACCCCAAGGCAAGCCAGGCCGGCGCCCUGGCGGAGGCGAGCAGGUGCGGGCACAGGCGCCCCGAGCAGCCCGGGCCCAGUGCGCGUCGGUCCCGCCCUCGGACUAG